AUGCAGUUGUUGCCCAAGUUCUCUCCACUCGUACUCGCUGUGCUCGCCCUGGCGAGCGGCGCAAGGGCGACGCCCGUCGCUGCCGAUGUUAAGGUCACUUCCGACGAGGUGAAUCCAGCAGCGUACCUCGUGUCCCAUGAGCAGAUGAUGUACUGGAUCGCCAACACCGACGCCGAGCUCACCUUCGUCGGCAAACCGAUCAAUCCGCUCACCCCUCGCUCAGCACAAGACACCACUGUCACCUACUGUAGCGACCGCAUCGACGACGUCUGUGGCGGCGCAUGCACCGUGUACACAGGCGGGGCGACAUGUCUCGAUGCACCAGACACCAACUGCCUCGCGGCCACAAACAAUGUUGGGUUCUGCGACCGCAGUGGUUGCGGUCAUAGCUGCAACCAGCUGUCUACUUGCGGCACACGCCUCGACAAUGGCUUCUGCUACACCCCGGGAACAGCUUCCAUCUUAGUUUCCGCUGCUUGA